AUGGAUGGAGAGGAUUUAUUUGAUGUCUUCAAUGAGGACACUUCGAAUGCUCCAGAAACUCCUUUGGAAGAAGUAGAAAAGGUAGAUGAUACUCCUGUUCAAGAUGGAAGCGACAAGAAACGUCAAUUAAAUGAUGAAGAGUCUAGUUCAGAUAAUAAAACGGCAGAGGAAACUGACAAUAAGAGAAAGAAACAAGAGAGGAAACUUAUUGACGAGAAGAAGAAAAAAUCUACUUUAGUGCCUGUGGUCACUGAUGCUUUCGAGCAAGAAGCCUCAAGAGAAGUCAAUGCUUCGGCAGGUCUCAUGAAUGCAGCAACCACUCAAGCGGAUGAAGACGGAAAAGUUAAGCUUUCGCAUCAAGUGCGCCACCAAGUUGCGCUUCCGCCUAAUUUUGAUUACAAACCUAUCGGUGAACAUAAGAGACAGAACGAGGCUCGUACGUACCCUUUCACACUGGAUCCUUUCCAAGACACUGCAAUUUCUUGUAUUGAUAGAGGGGAAUCGGUUUUAGUCUCUGCUCACACUUCUGCUGGUAAAACAGUGGUUGCCGAAUAUGCCAUCGCUCAAUCUUUAAGAGAGAAGCAAAGAGUGAUCUAUACAUCGCCCAUCAAGGCCCUUUCAAACCAGAAAUAUAGAGAGCUACUCGCAGAAUUUGGCGAUGUGGGUUUGAUGACUGGUGACAUUACUAUUAAUCCGGAUGCCGGGUGUCUAGUUAUGACUACAGAAAUUCUACGAAGCAUGUUAUACAGAGGUAGUGAGGUUAUGAGAGAAGUUGCAUGGGUCGUUUUCGAUGAAGUGCAUUAUAUGAGAGACAAAGAGCGUGGUGUAGUCUGGGAAGAAACAAUCAUCCUACUGCCGGAUAAGGUUCAUUACGUCUUUUUGUCGGCUACCAUUCCAAAUGCUAUGGAAUUCGCGGAAUGGAUUUGUAAGAUUCACGUUCAACCUUGCCAUAUCGUUUACACAGAUUUUCGUCCUACCCCUCUCCAGCACUAUCUAUUUCCUGCUCAUGGUGAAGGAAUAUACCUGGUGGUUGACGAAAAGAGCACUUUCAGAGAAGAAAAUUUUCAGAAAGCCAUGGCGUCUAUCAGUAACCAAUCCGGAGACGAUCCCAACUCUGUGGACUCUAGAGGUAAGAAAGGACAGUCUUUCAAGGGUGGUGCAGCUAAAGGAGAUGCGAAAGGUGACAUUUACAAAAUUGUCAAGAUGAUAUGGAAAAGAAAGUAUAACCCAGUCAUUGUCUUUUCCUUCAGUAAGCGUGAUUGUGAGGAGCUGGCUUUGAAGAUGUCAAAGCUAGAUUUCAAUUCUGAUGAUGAGAAAGAUGCCUUGACAAAAAUUUUCAACAACGCUAUUGCAUUGUUGCCUGAAGUCGACAGGGAACUACCUCAAAUUAAGCACAUUUUGCCUCUACUAAGAAGAGGUAUUGGUAUCCAUCAUUCAGGUCUUUUACCUAUUUUGAAGGAAGUGAUCGAAAUUCUGUUUCAAGAAGGUUUCUUGAAAGUUCUAUUCGCAACCGAAACUUUCUCCAUUGGUCUAAACAUGCCUGCAAAGACUGUUGUGUUUACUUCCGUGAGAAAAUGGGAUGGGCAGCAAUUCCGUUGGGUUUCUGGGGGUGAAUAUAUCCAGAUGUCAGGCCGGGCUGGUCGUCGUGGUCUGGACGAUCGUGGUAUUGUCAUCAUGAUGAUCGACGAGAAGAUGGAGCCUCAGGUUGCAAAGGGAAUGGUUAAGGGACAAGCUGACAGAUUGGACUCGGCCUUCCAUUUGGGAUACAACAUGAUUCUUAACUUGAUGAGAGUUGAAGGUAUAUCGCCUGAGUUUAUGUUGGAGAAUUCGUUCUUCCAAUUCCAAAAUAUAGUGUCGGUCCCAGCCAUGGAGAAGAAACUGAUCGAGCUACAAACAGAAGCUGACAAGAUUGAAAUUGAAGACGAAGACAAUGUUAAAGAGUUUUAUGAGAUCAGACAAACAUUGGAUGGAUACAACGAAGACGUUCGUCAUGUUAUUACUCAUCCUGCUAAUAUAUUAAGCUUCCUCCAGCCAGGAAGGAUGGUAGAAGUUAUGGUCGACAACAAAGAUACCUAUGGGUGGGCAGUUGUUGUGGAUUUUGCCAAGAGAAUGAGCAAGCGCGAUCCAUCCGCAGAAUACACCGAUCAUGAGUCGUACAUUGUCAAUGUAGUGGUAAACACGAUGUAUGCUGACUCACCACUAAACCUCAUUAAACCGUUCAAUCCUAGAUUUCCUGAAGGUAUUCGCCCUGCCUUAGAAGGGGAGAAAACUGUAUGUGCAAUCAUCCCAAUCACUCUGGAAUCGAUUCGUAGAGUCGGAAAUUUGAGACUUUUCAUGCCAAAAGACAUCAAGGCUAGUGGACAAAAGGAGGUAGUAGGAAAGUCCCUCCAAGAGGUUGCCCGAAGGUUCCCAGAUGGCAUUCCUCUGAUAGAUCCAGUUAGGAACAUGAAGAUAGAAGAUGAUGAUUUCACAAAGCUAUUAAAAAAGGUUGAAGUAUUAGAAAAGAAAUUGUUCUCCAAUCCUUUGGCAGAGUCUGUCAGGUUGAAAGAACUGUAUGAGAACUUCAGUAGGAAGCGUGCUCUGAUCGAUGAGACAAAGCAAUUGAAACACAAAAUCAGUGAAUCACAGGCUGUGAUUCAACUAGAUGACUUGCGUCGCCGUAAGAGAGUCUUGCGUCGUCUUGGAUUUUGCACUCAAAGUGAUAUCAUAGAGUUGAAAGGUAGAGUAGCAUGUGAAAUUUCUAGUGGUGACGAGCUCCUGUUGACAGAGUUGAUUUUCAAUGGUAACUUUAACGAUUUGACGCCCCAGCAAGCGGCUGCUUUGCUUUCAUGUUUCGCGUUCCAAGAACGUUGUAAGGAAGCUCCACGUCUCAAGCCCGAACUAGCUGAACCUCUGAAGGCUAUGAGGGAAGCGGCAGCCAAAAUUGCCAAGAUUAUGAAGGAUUCCAAGAUCGAGGUUGUGGAGAAAGACUAUGUUGAGAGCUUUAGACACGAGCUAAUGGAAGUCGUCUAUGAAUGGUGUAAAGGCGCAAGUUUCACCCAAAUCUGUAAGAUGACAGACGUAUAUGAGGGUUCGCUGAUUAGAAUGUUCAAAAGACUGGAAGAGCUUGUCAAAGAGUUGGUCGACGUUGCCAACACGAUAGGUAAUAGUGCACUCAAAGAAAAGAUGGAAGCAGUGUUGAACCUGAUACAUAGAGACAUUGUCUCAGCAGGUUCUUUGUAUCUAUGA